GUCAUUGAUAAAUAGUUCAGUAUUCCAGACACUAUUACUCACUUUGCGUAUCCGUGAUCUCGAACAUAUUUACAACGUGUUAGUUAAACUAGUAAAUUUUUUAUAACAUAAAAAUUAGUCUUAAUUCUACGAGUGUGGCGCGGAAAUAAUCUUCGCGAAAACUUCUCAUCACCCUAGACCUAACCUAUAUCCACGUCAUCCUUUCUGCUCUGCUGUCGCGCAGCGAUGCAAAACAUACGAGUACACGGACACGACUGACACGCACAUAUACACGACGCAUCGAUUCUCCUCAUCGAAAUACAGCUUGAACGCGAGCAACAAUGGAAUUUGAAGUUUGUACUCUUCUCUGAGUUCGAGAGGGCGAUGAAGAAAGACAUCGAGACCGCUCGAGAAUUUUACUCUGUGUGAACUUGCUAAAGAUUAUUUAGAGAAUAAUCUCAUUAUUCAACGUUUAACCCAAAUUCGUCCUACUCGAAAUGUCAAGACUGAAUUACCCCGCAUUUAUCAUCUUCUCCGCAAUAAUGAUGUAUCCCAACAACGCCGCAAUCAACGCUGAUGCCGAUUCGGUCUCGCCCAUCAGUAAACAAUGGACAGCCGACUACGAGAAUUACAAGCCAAACGUCGUCGCGAUCAAGGACCGUGUUUUCCACGUCGGUUUACACCAAAACGCCGUUAACCUAACGUCGACCGACGGCGUCCUGGUGAACGUCUGCAAUUUUACUCUUUCUCCCGAUAAAAUCGUCAAGCCUAACAUCGUCAGACCCGUGGCUCUGGGCAACGGCAAGAUCGUCGUCCGGACAAUGAUGUCGCAGGUCGUCACCACUUACCAGAGUCCAACCGAUUCCCAAGUUUGGGACCUGUUUAUCAUCGUCGAUCCACUCGACUGUACGAGCACCAGAACUGCCGAGGUGUACAACAAGGGCUGGGAGCGCGACGUCGCAGCCGUAGUGCCGUACCAAGACAGCUUCGACGUCUUUUAUCGAAAAUCGUCGGCCAAUAACGACACCAGCGGAGAAGUGUUCAAGACACCGCGUAGAUUCAACGAUCAGGCGGUACAGAUCAAUCUGGAGCAUCAUCUCGGCUUGGAGGCCGAUAUCGUGGGUUUUCACAUCGAUACCGUCAAACCGUACGACGCAUCCGAGGGCUACGUCUGCACACUCGCCUCCAAGACCGAUAACACGAUGUUAUUGAAGCGUCUGGACUCGAGAUUCCAGUUGGUCAAGGAGACAAAGGUCGAGCCCUGGGCGAACGUCAUAUCGGUUGCGGACGAUAGCGUCAGUCUCUGCUACAUCACCGCCAACGUCAUCCCGCAGACCCUUGGAGAUGAGAAGAAUCUCUACAAAUAUGCCGUCACCUGUAGCCAGUUCGAUGCCAAGGAUCUGACUCGCCGGGCUACGGUCAGGUUGCACGAGCCAGAAAUCGUCAACGGCAAAGUACUGAAGCCCGAAGUUAUCAAAGUGGUCAAGCUGCCUGGUGGCGCCACUGUCGCAGCGAUUGCUUUCAAACACUCUGGCAUGUCCGAGGACAAAGGCUACACGACUGACUAUUAUCUGCAGCGCAUCAACGCGGACGGAAGCACGGCCGAGGCUGUCCACGUUGGUAGUUACACGAACUUUUUCGACUUUAUGAGUCUGGUAUCGCUGGGCGGUGGCGAGGUGUGUUUGGCUGUCGUUGGCGAAGUGGAACCACGUUUCGGAUACAAGAACAUGAGAAUCAAUGUGACUAGCAAGUGUUUCAAUAUGUUGAAAUAAUGCGGUGUCUUUUUGAUUAAUUAUUAUAAACAAACUGUAAUAACAAAAUAUAAUAAUGUCGACUCGAGUUAAUGAAAAACUCAACAAUGAAUUUUUAAUAAAAGCUGAUCGAGACAAAUAUAAAA